AUGUCCAACACCAUCGUCCCUCAUCCCCAGCUGACCAUCCCCGCUCAACCUGGGCUCCAGCAUCAACGAUACCAAUUGAUUACCUGGAAGAUCGAGGGAUACAACGGGGGACAGGACCCUGGCGAAGAAUCACAACAGCCGCUCUGGACCGUCAUGGUACUGUCAUCGCUCCCGCCUUCCCCCCCUCUCAGAGAGCAAGGCGAUGCCCUCACCAUUCUUGAGACGCGAGAGCCGUCGGACGCACAGAUCAACGACCUCUCUAGAAGUUUGGAUCACGAUAUGCUCGACCCGCCGAGCGACAGGGGCCCGGAGCGCGGUGUGGUUCCCUCUAGCGGGCGUCCCACCACAUCGCAUCGCAAGCGUACAAGCCGUCGCAGAGACGCUCCGUCAGCCCAACUGAAUACUCAGGGAUCUAGCUCGUCCGCAUCCCCCGAUCCGGUUAUGCAGGAGCUACGUCGCUCUGUUCGGACAACGCUUUUCCAUGCAGAUAUCCAGAACCGAUUCCAUAGGAAGUCAGAAACAAUCGAGAGCAGGCAACGACAUGCGGUACAAGCAAGCGGACACAUUAUCAGGACGACAGGGCAGGCUUCAGGCGAGGUGAACGCGGUGGCGAAUCGCUCUCGGCAAUCUGCAUCGCAUGCAAUGCCGACCUCUGGCCCGGGAACGGAUGACGUUGGACAGGAUAAUAUACGCCAGACGCCCUGUCUCGACAUGCCGGAUCUCAAUGAACCUCGUGUCGAAGACUCGGAGAACGUAGGGCGGAUGCCACGCGACAGGCUCCCUCCCAUUCAACUGGGCCCUGCGGAUCGCGCAGUAUCGUUGCCCUUCGGGUUUCCAGCGGAUCUAGUGGCCGACUCAGACAUGGCUGAGGGUAGAAUGUCGUGCAGCUGUAGCCGCGUCGGUUUUACUUCAGAGGGAAACCCGGAGCCUGUGCAGGUUGAAGCGUCCUGCUCACAUGUAACCAAAAUGAUACCAUAUAUUUUUCCUUAG